UCGUUUGCCCAGCCCUUUCUGCUCCCGUUGAAAUGCAAACGCGCACUCUAUACACUUGGAAAUAUAUUGCUCGGAGGUUGUCGUAGGUGUUAGACUUUGGUGUUGAAAAACAAGUAGUUGACAAGAGAGUCUGCAUUCGACUUGUGACUCAUGUAAGUUACGAAGGUCUGGGAAACCCUGCUGCCUGGAACCCCCAAUGAACUAUGGGAGAAUGUUCACACGUCCUCUGUCGCUGGGAAGGCCGCCUGUGGCCGGCCAAGGUUUUGCCCAAGCCCGAUCGGAAUUUCCGCAGAAGAAAGGACAUGGAAGUGGAGAUAUUGGGCGAAGAGAAGAGAGUGCGGAUCGCGGAGAAAGAAACAUGGCCACUGACUCGGGAUGGGAUCGAUGCUCUCUGUCACCAGCUGGGUCAAUCGGUGGCUCGGCCCAUGGAUGAGUUGAGGUACCGCAAGGCUCUACGUUUGGCCCUGAACGUUUUCUCUGCUGAAAGCUCCCCGUCUCCUCCACCUGGGGGGUCGCCACGGCGAUCCUACCGCCUUAACCCCGCCUCCAUCAUGACACUCUGCCCAGUGCUGCCCCCCCGGCCGCCUGGCUCACCAAAGACGGCCGCUCAAACUGUGACAAAGGCGCGCAGUACACCGGCAGGCCAGCAGGGUGCAGCAGUGAGCAGCAGCAUGGCGGGGGAGAGCAAAGGCAGAAAGCAGCCCCUGCGUCUGCAGGGCGGGGCGAGGGCGGGGAACAGACGCGCCUCGCCCAGUCCCUCGCGGGUGAAAAGUGGGCGGCGCUCACACGGAAACAGGAAGCAGAGGAAGGGGAAGGACCCCCACCAAAGCCCCCCCAGCAGGGACGGGCAGCGGAGCGGUGUGAGCGUGGAGGAGAGUCACUCAGACCUGGGGGGGUGUGACACUGCAGAAGCCACGCCCGCUGCCACAGCCACGCCCACAGCCACGCCCUCGUCGAGGUGGACCAGCCCCGUCAGGGGGAGAAGCAGCCGACUGGCCUCCUCCUCAUGCGAUGCUGCAGCAGACACGGGCGCUGCGCUCCCCUCCCCUGUGAAUGGUGGUUCGGACCCGGGGCUCAGCACUCCCAAGCGGCCCAGGCCCCGCCCCUUGCAGAAACGCUGGCUCAGCUCCACGCCGAGGGACUGUGACCGCCCCUGCCCCUCUGAGUCACCUGAGUCUGCACCUGCAGAAGAACUAACAGAGCAGAGGGUGGAGUCAGAGAUGAAGCUACGCCAGAGGAAGAGCAGGAACCAGGUGGGGGGGGCCAGGCAGGGGCGUGGCCAGCUGAAGGAGAGGAGGGCCCAGAGGAAAGGGGGGUCCUCAGACGCUCCCCCAGCUGCUAAGCGCAGGAAGGGGGUCCGUGUGGAGGCGGAGCUAACUUCCACUAGCCCCGCCCAGUCCUGUGGGUCUGACGUCCAGCCUCCUGCACGCCACAGAGCCAGAUUCGAACCUGCGGAGGAGUCGGAGGGCCCAGGUGAGACUUCCCUGUCCUCUGACCUGUCCAUCAAGUUCAGCUUUCUGGAAGACUCCACCCCCUUAGACUCCUCCUUCCUGCAGGAGGAGGUGGAGGAAGAAGAUGAAGGCGAGGAUGAGGAGCUUCCGAGCUUCCUCCUGCAAAUGGAGAAGAAGCCCCUGUCCAUCACUGAGGGGAUCUGCGUGUGGUGCAAGCUCAGGAACUACCCCUUCUGGCCAGCCAUGGUCAAAAGCGUCAAUCGCAAACGGCGGAAGGCCAGCGUGGUGUUCAUCGACAACCUGCUGCUGGACCAGAAGAGGAGUCACAAGGGCAUUUGUGUGUCCUUACGCACAUUAAAACCCUUUGACUGUGAGGAGAUGGAUGAGCUGGUGGACAAGGCACGAGAAAAGUACGACACUGCCAUUAGCUGGUGCCUGAAUCUCAUUCGUGACUACCAAAUCCGGAUAGGCAGUGGAUUUACGGGCUCUUUCAUGGAGUAUUUCGCCGAUGACAUGAGCUGCACAGUCCGCAGGACGGGAGGUGGUGAGGUCACCUUCCCCACCAAGCUGGACGAAGAGGAGGAGGAGGAGGAGGAGGGCGUGGCCACGGGCGAGCAGGGUGUAGCCAGCAGUCCUGAGGGCGAGCAGCGGCACUGCAAGCUGAUGCCCGACAGGGAGAAGGCUGCCCGCGAUCGCGCCAACCAGAAGCUGGUGGACUUCAUCACCCAGAAACGGGAUCCUGAGGAGCACCUGCUGGCGGUGAUCAGCGGGCGUGAGUCAUCCAAGUGGCUACGCGCCUUCCUGACGGAAAGCCAGUCUGUGACGGUGGUGUACCUGGAGGACUACCUGCAGGUGGACCAGGUGUUCUGCUACUUGUUACAGGUGUACAGGACCGCCCCCUGCGUGGCACCCUGUCUGGCACAGGUGGACGAGGUCCGGUUCAUCACAGACGUGCUUCUACCUGAGGCUAUCAUCCAUGCCAUUGCAGCGGUUGAGAAAUUGUCUCUGAAACAGGCUGAAAACAGAUACUUACAGGGGGCCUGCAAAAGUGAAAGGGAGAGGGCGGAGUUUAACCUGAUGAUUGAGCAGCAAAUGAAGGAAGAAGCUAAAAAUCAGCGACACAGAGAGCGAGAAGAGCUCAGUUAAGACGUACGCAAACUGCACCCAUAUGCAUGUGCAGCACUCACACUAACACACACACUCACUAACACAACUACACACACACACACAUACACUCACUCACUAACACACCUACACACACACACACUCACUAACA